AUCACUCUUUUCUGUUACUUCUCCCUUCAUCUUCAGUCUCUCUCCGCCGCCUCGGAGCCUUCAACAAUGGUGGAUCUUCAGACUGUUUGUUGCAUGUGCGGCGACGUUGGCUUCUCCGACAAGCUCUUCCGCUGCAACAAAUGCCGCCACCGGGUUCAGCACUCGUAUUGCAGCAAUUACUACAGCGAGUUUGGGGAGCCGAUUAAGCUCUGCGAUUGGUGCCAAAGCGAAGAAAGAAACGCAAAGAACGGUAGCAGUUCGAAGAAAUUGUCAGCUGGAAGCGGAAACGUCGCCGGAAUCACAAACAGAUCCGAGUAUUCCGGCGACAAAAUCAAGCAACAAGAUCGGGAAGUGAGCGCCACCGAGAGGCAGGGAAAGAACAUCGGCCCUCCGUCUCCCCGGCCCACUACUCGCAGGUACAAGCUUCUCAAGGAUGUGAUGUGCUAGCUGUUUACAUCACUGUUACAGACUUGGGAAUUUAGAGAGAAAAAAAAAAAGCCUUUUUUGUGUGUUCAUAGUUAAUCAGAACUUAAUUAGAAGCAGUAUCUGUUUAGUAUAGAAGCCUUUUUUUUUCAUAUAUGUUUUUCAGUAAGAUGUUAAUAUAUAAAGAAUAAUGUAACUUUCUUUUUGGUGAAUAAAAAUAAUGUAAAACUGGAUGGGUGGCAGAAGUUUUCAAGUCUUUUCUUUCUCUUCAAUCCAUUGUGUUUCCCCACAGGAAGUCAAAAGUUGUUUUGGAAGAUUCUGCCCAACAUAUGGAUCCCAAUUAUAUGUGAGGUUGGUAUAUUGAAUCAAUUAGAUUUUAGCACAUAAGCAUAUACAAUAGUGAUUAGAAAUAAGUCUUAUUGCCAAUGACAGAAACCCCAGUGACUUUGAUUAGUUGACAUAGGAAGAUAUAAUGUGAGAAUUAAUGUACAAGGUUUUUGUCUGUGGGCUAGUUAGCACGGUUCUUGGGAGGAGAUGUAGAUUUUUUAUUGUGCUGAGGCUCUUUUGUGAAUGUGGUUGUUAAUUUGUUAUUGCUAAGUGAAUUUUAUCUGUGGAUGUGGGGCACCUGGGAUUUUAGGAUCCUAUGCAUGGUAGGUAUGUUGAUCUGUGUGCUCUUUUGUCUUGGCUUGGCUACCAGUAUUGGACUAUGCUUAUCCCCAUUAAUAAAGUUGUUAAGGUAGU